AUGCCGAAGGGAGAGAAGAACAAGACUAAAGCCCCCCGACCAACGAAGCCGUACGACCCGCUUCGGCUAGCUCCAGUGGAUAUUGACGAGAAGAAUAAAAGCUAUCUCCAUGAAUGCUUGUCAGACAAGCCGAUCGGACGUGACAAUCCCUUCCCCGCCAAAAGCUUGUACAGACGACCUAAUGCUUGCGUCGCCUUGACGAGCAACGUUGACGGCUCUGCUCUGAACAUCCAUCAUGGAUUGAAGUAUCGGCUCGACAACUUCUCGCAGAAUCCGGCCUUCACCCUGUUGCAGACUACGAUCAACACUUUCACGGUAAAAUAUGACUCCGGAGAGCUUGCCGACCUGGCAGAAAUCAACGCAAACCUCUCGAGUAUGGAAGUCCCGCCGAUCACGGCAGACGAUCUACCAAGCAUCACCGAGAAGUGCAAGGAGGGCAUCGACGCGGGCUGA